AUGUACGCUGACCGUCGUUUCAGUUCCGGAAAGCUUUCCUUGUCUAUGAGAGAUCACGAGGGUAAGGAUGGUAGCAGAGUAGACUCGCCGCGGUCCUAUACAAACCGGCGUUUUGGCGACACUUCUUCGCACGGUAAAUCCAACCCGUUCAACGCUCUGUCACCCUCCGCCACGAAGUCUCCUUCGGCGAGCGCCUCAUCAGCCUUUGGUUUGGGAAGUGGUGCGUUUGCCUCGUUCGGCUCCGCGAAAACUCCCAAAACUCCAGGGACAGGAUCUGGGACCGGGUUUGACUUUACGUCACGAGACAAAAAAGAGAAAGAGACAGAUACACCCGCAGAAGCUUCCCUGGCUGAGAAAUUUACGGACGGUUCGGCAGAAUCGGACGCUCAGCCUGGGCACCAAUUAAGAAACGCCUGGAAUCUGUUCUAUCGACCUCCCGCGAACAAAUUUUCCGACUAUGAAAAGUCCACUCAGAAGCUUGCCACUAUCAGCACGGUAGAAAGCUUCUGGACGAUAUAUUCACACCUUAAGCGACCCUCCUUGCUGCCUACUGUGUCUGAUUAUCAUAUUUUCAAGGAUGGCAUUCGUCCCGUUUGGGAAGACGAGGCCAACAAGAGAGGCGGGAAAUGGAUUGUCAGGCUCAAAAAAGGCGUGGCUGAUAGAUAUUGGGAGGAAUUACUCCUUGCAAUUGUUGGCGAUCAAUUCAUGGAGGCUGGAGAGGAAGUAUGCGGUGCUGUGCUCAGUGUGCGAAGUGGCGAAGACGUCCUCAGUGUUUGGACUAAGAACGAUGGCGGGAGGAACAUCAAGAUCCGCGAAACUAUCAAGCGAAUACUGGGGUUUCCCGCCGAUACCAACAUAGUAUGGAAGAGCCACGACGACAGUAUUGCCCAGCGCUCUGCGCUGGAUGAGGCGAGGCAGCAGAAAGCAAACGCUCCGCAAAGCCAUUCCGGAGUCGAGAGACGAAGACCUACGUUACACGACGAUUCCGACAAGAGUGGAGGGAAGGCGGUUGCGUCUUAG